AUGGCUUUCGACGCCCCCAACCACAACCAACCCCCCCGCACGCGCCACACCCCGGACCUCAACCUCUCGCCCGCAUCUUCCCGCUCCGUCACCCCGCCAGGCACCGCUUCGCCUAGCUCAUCUACCUUCCUUACCUCUUCCGUCUCCAGCCUCUGGGGCGGUUUCAUGCGCCGCUUCUCGAGCGAACCCUCCCCCUCAACCCCCCACCCGCCCGGCCUGCCCCACGCACGCACAUUUCAGCCCGACGGCGGAGAUAAGCGGCAGCACCACGAAGAUAGCCACGGCAACGGCUUGGACGGCGUAUACACCCCUCCCCAUACUCUCUAUCCGCACCGCACCGCUUCUCCAAUGGGCCUGCCACCGCUAGAGCCGCUUCAGCUGCUGGGGUUUUCAGAGGAAACACCGCAGGAUGCGCGGCUCCUGACUGCGCCGGUCGCAGAGGAGAUACGGAUUAUGGUGCCGGCCCGGCUGGGGAUCGUGGACGAAUGGCGGCUGGUGUACAGCCUUGAACAGGACGGUGCUAGUCUGGCGACGCUGUACGAGAAGUGCGCGCAGUAUCAAGGGGUGAGGGUAGGGUUCGUCCUGUGCGUGAAGGACUGUGACGGCGGUCUCUUCGGCGCCUACCUCUCCGACUACCCCCACCCAGCCCCCAAAUACUUCGGCACAGGCGAAUGCUUCCUCUGGCGCGCCUCCGUCCUCUCCCCGCUUCCCCCACCACCCUCCCUCAUCGACAACGACGACACCAACGCCAACCUCCGAACAACCACCAUCUCGGCCGCCCCACACAACAUCAACACCAACGGCAACGGUAACAACAACAACGUAAAACCCCCCUCGCGCACCCCCACCCCACAACCGAUCCGCUUCAAAGCCUUCCCCUACUCGGGCAUCAACGAGUACUACAUGCUCUGCGAGGCGCACUUCCUCUCGCUCGGCGCCGGCGACGGCAAGUACGGUCUCUGGCUGGACGACUCCCUGGAGCGGGGCGUCAGCUCGACGAGCCAGACGUUCGGCAACGAGCCCCUGAGCGACGAGGGCGAGAAGUUUGGCGUGCUUGGGAUUGAGGUGUGGGUGAUUGGGGCGUAG